GCGGGGCCAGCAGGGGGACCUGCUGCUGGGAGCGCAGCGGCCCGAGCCGGGGCCAUGGCGAAGCUGCUGAGCUGCGUUCUAGGCCCCCGGCUCUACAAAAUCUACCGGGAAAGGGACUCGGAAAGGGCCCCGUCCGGCGUCCCCGAGACUCCAACUUCAGUCACUACCCCCCCUUCCAGCUCCUGGGAUACGUACUAUCAGCCUCGAGCCCUGGAGAAGCAUGCGGACAGCAUCCUGGCACUGGCUUCAGUCUUCUGGUCCAUCUCUUAUUACUCCUCUCCCUUCGCCUUCUUCUACUUGUACAGGAAAGGUUACUUGAGCUUGUCCAAAGUGGUGCCGUUUUCUCACUAUGCAGGGACAUUGCUGCUACUCCUGGCUGGAGUGGCCUGCCUCCGAGGCAUCGGCCGCUGGACCAACCCUCAGUACCGGCAGUUCAUCACCAUCUUGGAGGCAACACAUAGGAACCAGUCUGCAGAAAACAAGAGGCAGCUCGCCAACUACAACUUUGACUUCAAGAGCUGGCCGGUGGACUUCCACUGGGAAGAGCCCAGUAGCCGCAAGGAGUCUCGAGGGGGCCCUUCCCGUCAGGGUGUGGCCCUGCUUCGCCCAGAGCCCCUGCACCGGGGGACAGCAGACACCCUCCUCAACCGGGUCAAGAAGCUGCCUUGUCAGAUCACCAGCUACUUGGUGGCGCACACGCUGGGGCGCCGGAUGCUAUAUCCAGGCUCAGUGUACCUGCUCCAGAAGGCCCUCAUGCCUAUGCUGCUGCAGGGCCAGGCCCGGCUGGUGGAAGAGUGCAACGGGCGCCGGGCAAAGCUGCUGGCCUGCGAUGGCAAUGAGAUUGACACCAUGUUUGUGGACCGGCGGGGGACAGCUGAGUCGCAGGGACAGAAGCUGGUGAUCUGCUGUGAGGGGAACGCGGGCUUCUAUGAGGUGGGCUGCGUUUCGACACCUCUGGAAGCUGGAUAUUCAGUCCUGGGCUGGAAUCAUCCAGGCUUUGCUGGAAGCACGGGUGUGCCAUUUCCUCAGAAUGAGGCCAAUGCCAUGGAUGUGGUGGUCCAGUUUGCCAUCCACCGCCUGGGCUUCCAGCCCCAGGACAUCAUCAUCUAUGCCUGGUCCAUCGGUGGCUUCACUGCCACGUGGGCAGCCAUGUCCUACCCAGACAUUAGUGCUGUGAUCCUGGAUGCCUCCUUUGAUGACCUGGUGCCCUUGGCCUUGAAGGUUAUGCCAGAUAGCUGGAGAGGCCUCGUGACCAGGACCGUGAGGCAGCAUCUCAAUCUGAACAACGCAGAACAGCUGUGCAGGUACCAGGGCCCUGUGUUGCUGAUCCGCAGAACCAAGGAUGAGAUCAUCACUACCACGGUUCCUGAGGACAUCAUGUCCAACCGAGGCAAUGACCUCCUGCUGAAGCUCCUGCAGUAUCGGUAUCCCCGUGUGAUGGCAGAGGAGGGUCUUCGAGUGGUGAGGCAGUGGCUGGAGGCCUCCUCACAGCUGGAGGAGGCCUCGAUUUAUAGCCGUUGGGAGGUGGAGGAGGAUUGGUGCCUCUCCGUCCUCCGCUCCUACCAGGCAGAGCACGGUCCUGACUUCCCCUGGACUGUGGCUAUUCUCUGCAGGGGAGGACAUGAGUGCAGACGGAAGGCGGCAGCUGGCCUUGUUUCUGGCUCAGAAGUAUCUGCACAACUUCGAGGCCACACACUGCACUCCGCUCCCAGCCCAGAAUUUCCAGAUCCCCUGGCACCUCUAGGGACCACAGUGGGACUCGUUCUGAAAGAGUGAGAAAGGAGGAGACAUGAGGAAGGAUCCUCUUAUUUGUGAUUCUCCGUGUUCAUGUUGCUGUUUAUAGUUUGUGGAAAGUGGGGGGCUGUCCCCCUUCUCACUGCCCUAUUGCACGUUUUCCCUCAUCCAUCUGGCAGUACCUAACCUUCCCCAACAUAUACCCUGGAUUCAAUGAAUGGAUUAUUCCUAAUAAUUAAUAAAAAGGUAUUUUUUCUACA